AUGAUUGACGUCAACGACUUCAUCGUCGAACGCGGGGGCAAUCCAGAGUUGAUUCGAGACAGCCAGAAGCGCCGCCAUGCGCCCGUGGAAGCUGUGGACGAGGUGAUUGCUAUGUUUGAGGACCACAGGAAGACGCAGUAUGAGGCAACCCAAAUCGGCACUCAAAUAAAUGCGACCCAGAAAGAAAUCGGGCAGAAGAAGAAGGCAUGCAUUCAAUCAGCGCACCACAUAGGACACGAACUUACACUGCUCACGAAGGCGAAGAAGGCACAAGAGGACGUUGCAGCAGAAAAGCUUAUUGCGCUGAAUAAGAAGGCAAAGAGCAUAGGCAAUUAUGUGCAUGCAUCAGUCCCCGUUAGCAACAAUGAGGAUAACAAUGAGAAAGUCGACGAAUGGGCCCCUGAAGGUACUAAAGUUGAAAAGAAGGACUGCCUCUCCCACCACGAAGUGCUGACUCGGUUGGACGGCUAUGAUCCGGAACGUGGAGUGAAGAUCGUAGGCCACCGAGGGUAUUGUCUCACUGGGUACGGAUUGUUCUUGAACCUGGCGCUUAUCAACUACGGGCUCGAGUUUCUGUUCAACAAGGGAUACAAGCCGAACCAACCACCAUUCUUCAUGCUGCGAGAGGCUAUGGCGAAAACGGCGCAGUUGGAGCAAUUUGAUGAAGAGUUAUAUAAGGUCACUGAGGGCGACGAUCCGGCAACGGACAAGUACUUGAUCGCGACAUCAGAACAACCUCUCUCAGCGCUGCAUGAGGGCGAGUGGAUCGUAGAGAAAGAGUUACCCAUCCGGUAUGCAGGCUACAGCACAUGUUUCCGCAAGGAAGCUGGAUCACACGGGAGAGACGCUUGGGGUAUCUUCAGGGUCCACCAGUUUGAAAAGAUUGAGCAAUUCGUUUUCUGCAAACCUGACGAUUCUUGGGACGAGUUCGAUCGCAUGAUUUCUGUGUCGAAGGAGUUCUAUCAAUCUCUCAAGAUACCCUACCAAGUAGUGGCCAUCGUUUCCGGUGCGCUCAACAACGCUGCAGCGAAGAAGUACGAUCUAGAAGCAUGGUUUCCUUUCCAGGGUGAAUACAAGGAGCUGGUAUCAUGCUCAAACUGUACAGACUACCAGACACGCGAACUUGAAGUGCGCUUCGGGACAAAGAAGCAGAAGGAGGUCAGCACGAAGAAGGAAUACGUACACGCGCUCAACUCGACCCUCUGCGCCACAGAGCGAGCACUAUGUUGCGUGUUGGAGAACUAUCAGACAGAGGAUGGUCUCGUUGUCCCAGAAGUGCUUCGCAAAUACAUCCCCGGUCAGCCCGAGUUCCUGCCCUACGUCAAGGAUCUGCCAGCAGCAACGACGUCGGCAAAAGCGAAAGGCGAAGCAGGUGCUCCGAAGCAGAAGGUCGCAAAACCAGCUGAGGCCGUCGACAAGCUGAAGGACCUGAACAUCAAACAGUGA